GUGAACAAAACAGUACUGAGAACUGCGUUUGUUUUGUUACGGGUGGUAUGUGUUUUGUUCACGGAGUGACUGGAAAAUAAGGGACAGAAAUGUGUAACGUAGAGCAAGCUUCUGUAGUUGAUAUAAAGAGUGAAAUAUCAAAUUGUAGCCAGACCAGUUGCGGAAUACCAGUAGUAGGAGAUGAUUUGUCAUAUGCAGAAUUCUUCGAGAAUUUUAUGUUGAAAAAUUAUCCCGUAAUAAUAAAGGGGAAUUUUACAAAGGAAUGGGACAGCGCUACAAAGUGGGUUAAAGAUGAUAAACCCAUGUUUUCGUACCUUAAAGAAAAUUUUGGGCAAACUGAAGUACCUGUAGCUGAUUGUGGUAGAAGACACUAUAAUGUCCAGGAAAAAAGCACAUUUAAGCUUUGUGAUUACCUUGAUUAUUGGUCAGAUUAUAUAAGAAGUGACUACCCAGAGACAAUGCCGUGCUUUUACUUAAAGGACUGGCAUUUCACAAGAGACUUUCCCCAACAUUUUAUCUACCGCACUCCUCAGUAUUUUGCCAGUGAUUGGCUUAAUGAAUACUAUUAUGACCAUAAAAAUAAAAAUGAUGAUUAUAGAUUUGUGUAUAUGGGUCCUAAAGGUUCAUGGACUCCAUUUCAUGCUGAUGUAUUCACAUCAUUUAGUUGGUCUGUAAAUAUUUGCGGUCAGAAGAGAUGGUUGCUGUUUCCUCCAGGACAGGAAAGUUUUUUAAGAAAUAAGUUUGGGAACUUACCAUAUGACUGUACAAGUGAUGAACUUAAAAAUGAAGAUUUGUUUCCAGAAUAUAAAAAAUUAAAUCCUCCAUAUGAAAUAUUACAGCAAGCCGGUGAAGCAGUAUUUGUUCCUUCUGGCUGGCAUCAUCAAGUUUGGAACAUGAAAGACACAAUUUCUAUCAAUCACAACUGGGUUAAUGGCUGCAACAUCAAAACAAUGUGGUUGUCAUUGAAGAAUCAUUUGGCUGCUGUGAAAAAGGAAAUAGAAGAUUGCAAGGAGAUGGAGGAAUGGAAUAGCCACUGUCAAAUAAUGCUUAGAGCUUCUUUUGGGUUAGACUAUGAAGAAUUUUAUAGGUUUUUAUUACAUAUUAGCAAGAAAAGAAUUGAGUCUCUUCAUGGAAAGGAUGAUUUAAUAGUUUAUGGAAAUUGGAGAAUUGGCAGAAAUCAUAUUGUUUUUGAUUUGCUUAAGAUAAAUGAAGUUUUGAACCUCUUCCUCUCUGACACUGACUGUGAAAUUGCACUGAAGGAACUGGAUGUACAGAAACCAAAAGACUUGUUGUCUGAAAUAAAUUCAGUGGUAUAAAUUCAGCUGAGGGAAAGCAGAUGGUGCCAUAGUGACAGUUUCAAUACUGCAACAUGGUUCAUAACAUUGUUUUGCAGAGGAGUCUGGGGUACUGAACACAUGGAAAAGAUCAACUGGGAAACAUAGCAAAGACAGUGAUAGUACACACACACACACACACACACACACACACACACACACACACACACACACACACCCUAACUUCACCCAUCAUGCAUUCACACCCUCUUCUCCAUAUUCUCCCUCGUUCUCUAUUCUAUCACCCCCUCCAUACUUCUGUGUGCUGCCCACAUACUUUCUUCCAGCCAUCAGCCACCCUUGUCUAAUACACUGCCCUGCUCCCCUCCUCCUUUCUCCUCAUCCCAUACAAUCCUCUCACAGCAGGAAAACUGCAGUGCUGGUUUACUUACAUCAUCAGCAACUAUCAGCUUUGUAAUGAUAGUCUUAGCAGGUCACAUGAAAUUUCACACAGAGAGACUUGCCAAAGCCUCAUCACUCAGUUACAGAGUACUGUAAAGAAAUAAUAACUGGAGCUCCUAAUUUAAUACUUCAGCAGCAAAAACCAGUUUCAUGUAUUAUCAUCAUCUUCCACUUUAUCAUGGUUAUGAAAAUAAUAGUACAGCAUUUAUGCUCUUUCUUUCGUGAUUAUAUGCAGAUUCAUGACAGUCUGUUGUAAAAACAAAACAGGAUUGAAACUGUUGAUGUAUUUGUCUCAUAAUAUAUCUGCAAGGUAUGUACAUGAAAACCGAGCAAGGUGGUGUGGUUAUUAGCACACUGGGCUUGCAUUUCAGAGGAUCUGACUGUCCUGAUACAGGUUUUCUGUGAUUUCCAUAAAACACUCCAGGCAAAUGCCGGGAUGGUUCCUUUGAAAGAACACAGUUGAUUUCCUCUCCCAUCUUUGAAACAUUCUGAGCUUGUGCUCUGUCUCUGAUGACCUCGACAUCGACAGGAUGGUAAACCCUAAUCUUCCUUCCUUCCUUUUACAGGAAAAUUGUAAUAUAAAAUGGAGAAAGACUAAGAACUUGCCUAAACAGUACUUUUGAGUUUGAUACACAGACCAGCCUAAUUAUGUAAUAAGUUCAAUGUAGCAGAGUAACAGCAUGUACUGUUUAACUUAUGUACAGUAAUUGCGACAGAUCUCAAAUUCUCUCCAAAUAGCUUUGAACAAUGUGUUAAUAAAAAUGAAAACAGUUUACUCUGAAAAUCAUAAACAGUAUACUUGUUGUUCAAUUGAUGUAAUAAAGGUUGUGGACAGGCAUGACAAGUGCUGGUAGGCAGAACAGUUUGUACAUUUAUAUUAAUUUGCAAUUUUGCUUUCAUAGAAAUGCCUGUCUCCAUCUGAUCAUUUAAUUAGUACCUUUUCUCACUAUUAGGAAUUACCUCAUGCACUGUGCUUGUCAAAUGUGCUGAAUACAGCAGGAUAGUAAUGCUGAUUCAUUUUACUGUAGACAAACCACAGCAUAGAUUAUGCAUAAGAAGUCCAUUCACAAACAAAUACAAAACAUAAAAUAACAAAUGCAAUCAAAUGUCAUAGUUUCAAUUAGUAAAUAAGAUAAUUAGUUGCUCUUUGUCAUUUCAGUAUUUAUAUACUGUUUGAUGAAUUGUUCCUGCAGUAAUAUUCAGCUGCUUCCCCCCCCCCCCCCCCCCGUCCCCCUCCCAUCCCCUCCCCCUUUCCUUUUGAACUUUCAUAGUAUUUUAAGGACUGGUUAUUCAAUAAUAUAUCUUCAGUAGGAGACUAAUAACAGACUCACGAGACACACUUGAGAAUGUCUUCCAAAUUGCUGCUUAUAUCUCAAACUAUCUUAUUUUCUGACACACACACACCCACACACACACUACUCCAGCCAGUUAGCCAGUUAACCACAAGAUGGCAGAUUUCAUAGUCAGUGUUUCUCUAAAAGAAUCUUAUGACUUACGUAGUCAAAAGGUUUAGAAAGCACAAAAAAAAAAAAAA